AAUAGAAGACUGUGUGAAGUUUUAGAGAGAUGGAUCGGACGGUGGAGAUGGUGUUUGGUGGGGAUAUUGAAGUGAGAGAUCUUUAAAGAAAGAACAGACUGGCUUUGAGAAUUGAAUUUCCCUUUUCUUCAUUCCCACUUCAAAGGAAACAAUGGAUCUAGCUCAAGAAGAACUUCAAUUUCUCAACAUCCCAAACAUCUUAAAAGAAUCAAUUUCAAUCCCUAAAAUUUCCCCUAAAACCUUCUACUUAAUUACCCUAACCCUAAUUUUCCCUCUUUCUUUUGCAAUUUUAGCUCAUUCCCUUUUCACACACCCCUUAAUUUCUCAGCUUCAAUCUCCUUUCACUGAUCCUUCACAAACCUCUCAUGAUUGGACUCUUCUCCUCAUCAUUCAGUUUUUCUACCUCAUUUUCCUCUUUGCUUUUUCUCUCCUCUCCACCGCCGCCGUCGUUUUCACCGUCGCUUCUCUCUACACCUCAAAGCCUGUUUCUUUUUCAAACACUAUUUCAGCAAUUCCUAAAGUUUUUAAGCGUUUGUUCAUUACUUUCUUGUGGGUCACUCUACUUAUGAUUUGUUACAAUUUUCUUUUUGUUCUUUGUUUGGUUCUUAUGGUUGUAGCAAUUGAUACUGAUAACUCUGUUUUGUUGUUCUUCUCUGUUGUUUUUAUUUUCGUUUUGUUUCUUGUUGUUCAUGUUUAUAUAACUGCUUUGUGGCAUUUGGCUAGUGUUGUGUCUGUGCUUGAACCUCUUUAUGGUUUUGCUGCUAUGAAGAAGAGUUAUGAGUUGUUGAAGGGAAGGGUUAGAUAUGCUGCACUUUUGGUUUGUGGCUAUUUGCUUAUUUGUGCUGUUAUUAGUGGAAUGUUUAGUGUGGUUGUGGUACAUGGUGGUGAUGGUUAUGGCGUGUUUUCUAGGAUUGUCAUUGGUGGGUUCUUGGUUGGUGUUCUUGUCAUUGUGAACUUGGUUGGGUUGUUGGUGCAGAGUGUGUUUUACUAUGUUUGCAAGAGUUAUCAUCAUCAAGGGAUUGAUAAGAGUGCUUUACACGAUCAUCUUGGUGGCUACCUUGGAGAAUAUGUGCCUCUUAAGAGCAGUAUUCAAAUGGAAAAUUUGGAUGUAUGAUUCUGGGAUGAGACGGUAACCCAAGUGGGUUUGAUUUGAACUGAUUUCUUUUGUCCAUUUUGUCUUGGUGACAAAAUUCCUGUUUUUCAUGUUCUUGAGCAAGCUGGGCAAUUUCAAAGAAGCAUAAUUUGAAAGUAAGAAGGUUUUGAAUCAAACUUUACAAUCUUCAGAAUUGCACUCACUCUUAUGCUUUAGUAUUUAUGUAUAAACAGAGUUGGGGUAAAGUUAUGGAGGCACUGACAGAUGUAGUUGAGUGAUGUUUGUAACUUAAGUUUUCAUGAAACUUAAAUGUUACUAUGACAUUUAUGCUGUACAAUAUGUUGAUUUUCUUUAUGUCUUGAAGGUUAGAAACUAUGUGAUUCAAUCUACUAUACUCCUUGCUGAGAAGUGAGAACGUAUGAUGAGUAAAAAAUAAUGAAUGAACUUUUGUUUGACGGCGUGGAUUGCUGUUA